UCAAAAUCGUCCCUGAAAGAUACCCCGAUCUCCAUUUUAGUCCUCGAAAGAUAAAAUUAAUCAAAGUCGUCCCCGAAAGUUAUUCACGUUGGUCGAGUUUGUCCUUCCGUCAUGUGAGGUAGUGACGUGGCUAACGUUUGGUGAGGUGGAACGUUAAGUGCCAGCGUGGAGAGGUCCAGCAUGGCAACCGUUAAUGCUGAUAAGAUAUGUUUGAUUAGUUAGGUCAAAUUAGUCCUAAUGUUACAACCCUAACCCCCAAUCUGAAGCAUAUAUGUGCGCGAUUCUCAGGUGGCGAUGUAUCUUUGAGGAGUCGCUGCUAUGAUGAGUGGAAGCCGGAGUGGUGACCUGCCGUCGCAGUCUAUCGGUAGCCAUGAGUCGAACUCUGCCAUGCGACGGAGGAGGAAGAUGAAGGACCAGACUUGCUUUUGUGGGUUGAAGACGACAAUCAAGAAAUCCGGCACAAGAGAGAAUCCGGAUAGGUUGUUCCACACCUGUGCUAGAUACCCGAAGGGAAGUCACUGCAACUUCUUUAGGUGGGUUGAGGAAGAUGGGUAUGUAGCAGGGGCGGAAACUGAUGCAGAGGUUGGUGGGGACUAUGAUGAAUGGAGACUGAAUGUGUCAUGGAGAUUGGGUAGCUUGGAGGGUGAGGUUAGAGCAAUGAAGAUGCUGAUAAUGUUCCUGUCAGUUGCAGUGGUGGUGGCUACUGUAUUGUGUGUAUCACUGUUGUUCACAUUAAUCUCCAAGUAAAGCCACAAAUGGAGUGUUAUGUUCUUGUGUGUUAUAGGUGUUGUUAGAUCAGAGAAAUUGAAUUAGUUGAUAUGUAAUGAUGAUGUUAAUUAUGAAUGAAAGUAUGGUUUAAUUGUC